CGGCGCGGGGCGAUGGCGCGGUGAGGCGACCGGCAGCGGACGGUGACGGGCUGUGACGGGUGGUGACGGGUGGUGACGGACCGAGCGUCACAGUGUCGGUAUUUCCGCGUCGCCGGCCGGUACAGGACAGACCGCAGUGAUCGCGGCCACAGGUGCGUGCGUUGCGCAGCCACAAGCCGCGUGAAAGUGACGGGGCGGAGGACCAGCCUGUCCGGGUCAGGACGUGCCUGCGGAUCCCGGGUGGACGGCUGCAGUCGGCGAGGCGGGCUCGACUCGCGCUGUGACUCGCUUCGCGCGCUGCCGCGACGGCGCCUGACUCGCGACGCGCCGCGCGGCGGGGCCACCGCCGUGUGGCGGUGUUUACCGAAGAUGCGCGCCGCGCCGCUGUCUGCCGCGGCCCCUCAGUGCUGAUUAGUAUUCGGGGAUCGGCGCUGGGGCGUGCAAAAAAAUCGUUUCACGCGAUCAGUGGGCUCGUCCUGUUCUCGGUAGCGCCGGGCGCCGCCGCUCCGGGUGAGGUUCUGUCGGGAACUUCCGACCUCUGACCUGCCCUAGCCUAAGGCGGUGUCAGCAGGCAUGGCAGGGACCGGGUCAGCAUAGGUGGCCUCUAGACGUGACCGGUUGAUGAUGGAGUCCAGCUGCGAGCGAGAGCGACCGGCGCCGGAGAGAGAGCGGGAGGUGGUGGCGCCGGGCCCCCGGCAGGUGGAGCAGGAUGAGCCGUCCUCGCUGUGCGGGGAGGACGAAGGCGAGUCCUCGCUGACAACAUGCGAAGAUGAAGAAGAGGAGCCAUGUUCAAUGGGCACCUUCGUUGACGAGGAGGACGAUGAGGAGUCCUCACUGACAACAUGUGGGGACGAGGACGGCGACGAGUCCUCCCUAACCGUGUGCGACUCCGGCGGCGCCGAGACUCGCGAUAUCGAGACGGAGAAGACACGGCCGGCCGACGGCGCAGUGGGCGGCUCCUCGGAGGACAUGGAGGAGGAGGAGCGUGUGCUGCGCGAGCUGGCCCAGUCGCCGCCGCUCGUCACUGUCCUCUCCGGCCUCGAGUCUCUGCGCAGCGAGUCGGGCAUCUGCUCCUCGCUCGAGUCCAACUACCAGGAGGCGCCUGAGGAGCUCGAGCAUCUGGAGACGCGUCUGCAACAGGAGAAGGAAGCCGAGGUGGAGCGGCUGCGGCGCGACCUCACGCGCCAGAAGCAGCUGGAGAUCCGGCGCGCAAUUGGCGCCAAAAAUGAGGAGAUCCAGCGGUUGCGCGCGCGGCUGCAGGCCGACCGCGAGCGCACCGCCGGCGUCUCACCCGGUCACCGAGAGGUGGCAGGACAGUCGCAAGAGCAGGAGGUGCUCAGGUUGAAGAGUGUCAUCCACCAGCUGGAGACAGAACGAGAUGAGCUUAAAGCAGAGGCGCAGCUGUGCCGUAUCCGGGAGAAGCAGCGCGCCGCCGAGCUGCGCCGGCAGCGGCAGCAGCACGAGCGGGAGCUGCGCCGCCUGCUGGACGAGAACAAGCGGGAGGGCGUGCGUGAGAGCCGAGACCUGGCGCGCCUGCGAGCCGUCACCGAGCAGAAGGACAAGGAGAUCGCCGAGCGCGAGAAGCAGAUCUACAAGCUCGAGUGUCAAAAAUGCUACCUGGGAGAGGAGAUAUACCGCCUGACCGGUAUAGAGGAGGGCUUCUGGAGCGACCAGACCAUGCAGCGGUCCAGCCUGACGGACCGCGAGCGCGGCCUGGUGCGGCGCGCCUCCCAGCUGGGCUCGCAAGUCAGCCAGCUGCAGGUGCGCUGCCGCAACCUCAAGCUCGACAACAACGAACUGAGAACCGCUAUCGACACGGAGCUGGACGUGCCUCUGGCGGUCAGAACAAAGGCGGCAGAGACCAAGCGCGAGGCGCAGCUUCUAAAGAAGAAAAAUCAGGAACUGCUUAGCAUGACGCGCAAGCUGGAAGAGAAGGUCAAGAAGCUGGAAACGGGUUCUCAGGAGGCGCGACCCGCCGAAAAACCGCGGAUCCGGCCGCUCCGCCAGAUGCCGCAGUCCCGCGCCUGUACCCCUGGAGCAACAGCAGAAAACAGCGGGUGCGCGGGAGUCGACCAGCGGUGCGCAGCAGAAGACAGUGGGUGCGAAACAGAAAACUGUCGGCGAACAGCAGAAACCCGUUUCUGCACGUCAGACAACAGUGGGUGCACCACAAAGGGCAGUGUGUUCGGAUCGGAGAGCAGUGAGUUCCGAUCAGAAAACAGUGGGCUCGCGACAGAGAACGGUGGGCGUGGACCAAGCGACAGUGAGCGCGAGCCAGAGGACAGUGACCGCCAGACAGCAGACGCCCACUGCGCAGAAAACUUCCAGCGGCCAGAGCCGCCUGGCGUCCAGGCCGACGCCGCAGCGGACACGGGAGGCGCCCAGUGAGCUGAUGGCCCCUCAGCAGGGGGCGAGCGAGGGG